UCCUGGCGGUAUUCGCGGUGGCCGCAUACCACCUGACCAUCAACGCUGAACCAUACACACAACCUGUCCGGCAUGCAUGGUAGCCGCGUACUCACAGUGCCGUACGCUUGACCGACUGGUACCAGUACGGUACCAGUUGCCCUGCAGCUUGCCAGCUGCACGAGUCGCGCGUGCUUCGAGCAAUACGUUCAUCCAAGUUCGCGACGUUUGUUUUGGUGGACUGGUAAAUGGUCCGGUUGACGAAGAAACUGGGAAAUCGCUUGGUUGGGGACUCGGAGGACUUUCGACAGUAUUUCGAGACGGAGGUGACCGUGAAAGAAGAAUUGGAGAGGAGAAACGAGACAGAAAGAUCGAAAAGAGGCGCGGCCGUUGGUUGCGGCAGGUCACGAGGAACGAGUCUUAAGAUGGCCUACAUUAUCCGGUCUUAUCGGUGAGAGAAACGGUUGGUCGCCGAGAGAAGAGGAACCAAAGAGGUGGGCAGACCACGUGGCUGGAGAAACGGUCGAGAUAAUAGCCGGACAGGGUGAAAAAUGGGACAAGCCUGGUGCAAGGAGAAGUCCACCAAGGCUCAGGACUCAAAGUCCCCUUUGGACCGGGUCUUUGUACGCUGUGCCCAUCGGAUCUACCCUGGUUUAAAGGAGGAGGGCUCGGUUCUCGGUGGCGCCACGCAGAGGGUGACGAGUUCAGAGAUCGGUUACGCUGGAUCACCGCCGAGGGAGGUGCUCACCAGAGGUAGAAGCAUAGAUUCCGUGGACAGACCUUUUCAUCCGAGCGACUGGGUGGACGUGAACCUCGAGGUACCGAGCACACCUAGGGGUAGCCCUGUGCUCACGAAUUUAACCGUCGACACGAGCCUCCACCCAACGUCCACUGAUUCGAACUUGAAGAACGAAACACCGAUUCCACCCCCGAGACGGAGAAAGAAGAACAAGGGUAGACCGUUGCCGCCGAAACCGGACGAGGCGACGGAAAACUCGUCGAGCAAUUCGAAAGGAAACGAGACGAACGAGGAGCCGUUGUACUCUUCGGUGAAGUCGCCGAAAAGCAGCGGGGACGAGCAAGACGAAGAGACCGGGAAGCAGCGAUGCUCGAACGAUGGAAGAAGAACGAAGGAGAUUUACGAACACAAGGUAAAUGGGACCGGAAGGAUAAUAUCGAGCGACGUGGUAUCGGGUAAAAGGACCUCCCGCAUCGAGGAGAAGAAGAGCCAAAGGUCGUUCGAAAGCAACCAUUUAAGUAUACCCGAAAAUGACGAAUACGAAAGAUUCGCGAGCAACAGGACGAGCAAGGAUUCGUCGACUCCUAAUCGCGAGGAGAAAAUGAAAGAAUCGUCGAGUAACGCGAGGGCGAAAAACUAUAGCACCGUAAGUCUGCCAAAUUACGACGAGUUAGACGUGGCCAGACACCGGACGAUGGAAAUCGAGGAGGCUGAGAAAGGGAAAAAGAAGCCACGAAGACCUGUCAGGAGCAGCACAGGAUCGCUUCCGGCUGCAUCCUACCUCUCGCCUUUUUCCGAGAAAACGAGCGUGCGACUAGAGGACUACAUCUCGAGCCAAGGUAGCCCCGAUAACCUAUCGGCGUAUCAGCUCCUGCAGAAGCUGAAUUGCGGCCAGGAGGAGGCUUUCGUGAAGUACGAAACUGCGAGUAAAUCGCAGGAUUGGGAUUUCGGUGACAUCGGUAAUUGCGAAUUGAAUCACCAGGAACCGCCGUCUCCCUUCGAGGUGAUUAUAAGGGUCGAGGAUGAAAAUAUUCGCGAGCAGGUGGACGAGGACGUGGUCGAUUUCUCCGGAGAGAACGAAAGAAAAUCUCCAGCCGAUCCGGAUGUUUCCAAUUCGUCGAUUUGCUCAGAGAAGGCCGAAGCUUUCGGGAAAGCGUCGCCGGUAGUUGGCGAGGUAGAAUAUUCAGAAGUGGAUCCAAAUAGGUCGGUAGAGAUUAGAUCUCAAACGAGGCAUUUCGAUCCACCCACGCUGGUGGACAGUUGCAGAGUUUCGUUAGCUCACAAUUCAUCAAUGUCGAAAGAACCAUUUUUUCUUGACGAGAAGAAACAUCGUUCAGCUUUAGAUACGAUCGGAGGAUCCUGUAUGAACGGUACCAUAUUCACCAGGAGUUUGUCAAUCGAGAGCGAGCCAAACGAGGACGCAUGCGAGACGAAGGAUCUGCAGACAGGACUGAUCAGAAGCAUCUCGGAAGAAUCGCUACCGAAAGAGAUGCUGGAGGAGCAGCAACUGGAUCAGCUGUUCGACGAGAAACUAGCGAAGGAUGUACAUAACAAGCUGAAGAAGAGCCUCGACUGGAAAACGAAGACGCCACCACCUAGUCCCGAGUCCAAGACCAGAUCCGAACCCAUGGAUCUCGAUCAUUCGACGUUGCUGAAAGUUCUGAAAGAAGAGGCAGCCGAGGAGAGUAAUCUAAGCUCCAUGACACCCAGUCUGACCGAGUUAGAAGCAGCUCUGUCCGACAUGUUGGAGAAGGAAGAAUGUCAGGAAGGAUUCAUCGACGAAAAGAAUUCAGCUGAAAGUGUUAGGAGCUCGGCGCAAGAAUGCAAAGGAAAGGACGAUGCUCCGGUGUGUUUGGGUCAGAUUCUGAAGGAGAGAAAAGCAGCGACGGGAAGGAAAGUGUCGUUCUGUUCGUGGGAAGAGGCUGUGGCACAGUCAGGGAGCAGGAGCGAUUGGGAAUUCACUGAACGUCCGGUGGAUUUAGAUAAGAGGACCGUUUCUCAUCCUAACGACGAUCCAAGGGACUCGAUCGGAGAUGGUGUCGCGUGUCCCAUGGAUCUUCCGCCGGAAAAACCGAGCAGGCUGAACAGAAGCUUGGAUGACAGCAUCCUGGAGAUGCCUACACCUCCGAAAAGAAGAAACAGGAGUCUGCAAUUGGCGAAGAAGGACGCGUUAGUGGAAGAAAAUGGUUCUGCCUAUUUUAAUGAUAGGCUUAUCUGAUUUUCUAUACCAGGGACGUUCGACGUUGAAAAUAAAAAUAAGACGAUCUGUUAUAAAUUUCUAUUUUAUUUUAUUUUCUUCAUGUGAACGAGAAUUUUUCCACCUCACUCGAGGUUUUCUUCGAAAAAGAGAGAUAAAACUUUCUAACGAACUUGCUGCUUUCGAAGAAUCGACGGGUGCAUCGUGUCCCCCCCACGAAAAUCAUGAAACUUUGUUCGAAAACUUUUCGAGCAAUGGGGAUCGCUACUUAUCCUCGUUCGCGCCUUUACCUCGAAUUAUAUUUCUCAAAAAACUUAACGAUGUUUGAUUAGAAUUUUUUUUUUCUGUAUAUAUUUAUUUGUUAGUUCUUAAAUCUUGUUGACGAUGUUUGUUGCGUUCUUGACGGUAACGCGACACGAAGUGCGAUUUAAAAAUGUAGGAACGUUAAGUGAAAAUCGUGAAUGAAACCUUCGAUUAGAAGCUUGUAUUAGUUUCAGUGAUCGAGUGAUUAUUCGAAACUAUUACGACGAGCAGGUUGUUCGACGAUUUGCAACUUGGACUGCUCGAUUGCUCUCCACGUGUACGAUCUAUCGAUACCCAGCGACUUCGUUCGACGAAUGUCUGGCGUGUUCCAUUUACGACCAGCUACUCGAGCUGAAGCCCGUAAUGAAAGCUGUUCAUUGAAAUUGCCGCGAAUAUAAUUCGUAUCAAAAUGCAAUCGAUUAAUUGCACGUUCCUUCGAGCGAUGUAUUUCAUUGUUUAAAAAAAAUUGUAACAUUAAUUAACAAACGGAUUCGAAAU